CCUCUCAGUCUCAUCUCUCUCACUGUUUCCGCACUCAAUCGCAAUGUGAGGUUACAGAGGCUUUCAUUUCGAAGCCUUUCACUCCGCUCCAAGGACCCUCUAUACGGACUUUGUUGACGAGGCAGGAUGUGCAUUGUUCAAGUUUGCUUUGGGAUGCUCAUUUGGAAGGCGAGGAAGUGCCAGGUGUAUUGACUUGUCGUCACCGAGAGAAAGGUCUGCUUGAAGGUGGGGUAGAUGGGUUAGAUCCACGAAUUGUCGCUUAUAUCACUGAUGCGGGGUUAGAUGGGCUACUUCGGGUCCCACAUAUGGACAUUGACCACACAUUGAUCAUAGCGUUGGUGGAGAGAUGGCGGUCGGAGACGCACUCAUUCCACUUGCCCCACGGUGAGAUGACCAUCACACUACAAGAUAUGGAGGUUAUAAUGGGGGUCCCUGUAGAUGGCUUGCCAUUGGUGGGAUGUACAUCCCCGACGACCAAUUGGCGUGACGUUUGCGGCACAUUGCUAGGGCAUAGGCCGCUAGAGAGAGAACUUGGUCGUAAUAAGAACACUAGAGUGAUGGAAGGGCCGAGGGUAAAAGCCAAAUGGCUUGAGGAUCGGUUUAGCAACCCUCUCUCGGUUGACGCCCCUGAGGAGCUUGUGCAGAAGUAUGCUCAGUUUUACAUAGUGGAAUUGUUAGGUGGCACACUAUUUAUGGACAAGUCUGGAGAAUGGAUCUCAAUUAGGUAUCUGUAAUUUUUUGAUCCAAUCAGUAACGGAAAGAAGUAUAGUUGGGGUAGUGCAGCACUAAGUUGGCUCUAUAGACACCUCUGUAACGCAUCAGAGAAGACAGCCAAGCAGAUCGGCGGUGCACUACCAUUGGUGCAGUUGUGGGCGUGGGCGAGGUUUCCCCACAUAUGUCCUGUGAUGAGGCAUCCACACCAGGCACUGCCUCCAAGUCCACUUGCUGUCAGAUGGAAAGGGGCUAAGAUAACAAUUGAACAUUCAAUGCACGUCCUACGUGCCUAUCGUGUGUCGCUUACUUCGCUACGGCCAAAUCAAGUAUCGUGUCUUAUAAGUGGGAACCGCUUUGGCAUGUA